UUACUUGGGCUGUUCCUGAAAUAUACAGGAAAACUCUUCAAUGAUGUCAGAAUAAAACUCUUAUUCUCAGCAGACAAAUUUACAUUACAGUACAUAACGCAUUGGCUCUAUUCUCAUCCUGACGUGAGUUUAACCAGCACUGCUCAAGAAAAGUUUUGAGCUUAUUAUUUGAUGAAACGAAAAUAAAUGUCGAUAUUCUUUUGAUUUCUUCGUCCUGCUUCUAAUUACUUUUUUCCUAAACUCAUAAACCAUGAAAAAGAAUGUAAAAAUUAGUUGAAAUGCGUGUUUUUUCUUAGUACAGUGCUUCCAUGUGACACCAAAAAGAUUACAUAUUGAAGUGCGCGGGAAAUAUUUCUGCCCAAAAAUUAGACAUGGUUUUUUUUCUGAUACCUCUUUAUUGAAAUACUCAAUAUAAUAAUUCGCACGCAGAUGUUCAACUUUAUUUCUGCUGGGUUCAUUUUGGCAGCCGGCCUUUUACAAGGCAUGAAUUCAUUUCUCUUUCAAUUUUAUUUCAUCCCUCAAUUUCAUCGGACAUCGUUUCAAAUUUUCUACGUUUUGGCAAUCUACCUAAAGAAUCAUACACUGUUUUCGAUUUUCAGGUGUGAUCGCAAUGGUUACAGAUCAGAUCCUUGGAAAGCCGUCGAUGUCACGGGGUCAAAAAUUACAACGACCUCGCCAAGCUCUUUUAUUUUAUCAUUUCCAAAUUCAGGAAAUGAAUGGCACUUCGUCGUAGACAGCCCAGAGAAGACCGAUGAAUGGGUUUCCUCGCUGCGACGUGCCUCCCAGACCUGCGAUGCUCCUGAAAAUUUGAUGGAAUUCUGAACAGUUUCUUUCACUUUUCA